UGACUGAACUGAGCGGUUGUCAUUUGUGGACCAGGCAGACGGUAUUCCCCUCAAACGCUGGCCAGCCCUCAGACUACUACGGGGUGUCUUUAUGGAGAAAAACUCGGCAUAUCAGCACAUAUCCAGGUAUAGGUAUCCCAGUGCUCCAGAUGAGGGACCUUAUGGAACCAAAGUAUCUCAAUGAAGACCAAUGACAGUUAACACUGCUAGGCUAUAACUAUUUAUCCUAAACCUUGAUCAUUUUUUAAAUCUAAGCCUUGUUUAGCCGAGGUGACCACCUGCACCAGCAUGCGCUACGCAAGCAUCACCACUAAGCGUGCAUGCGCUCUCCUCGAUUGGACAGCUGAUGCUCAUAUUUAUGAAUUGGUAAGGCAGCCGGCUUAUUCAUAACUCCCCUUCAGUGUAUGUUGGGGGGGGGUGUAAAGUCCAGGUAUUUGGGAAGUGACGUCAUCGACCCCCGGAAAGGGGGGGGGGGACGAAGCGUUUGAGAGCGCAAGAUGGCAGCGAAAUCCGAUGGCGUGGGGGUCGUCGCCGGUUUCGCCCAGCUGCGCGAACAGGACGAUGCGGCGGGGGCCGGAGAGGACGAGGAGCCCGCGGACAGCGCGGCCAUCCACAUGUGCCACUGCUGCAACUCCUCGUCGUGCUAUUGGGGUUGCCGGAGCGCGUGCCUCUCGGCGCGCGGGAGGAGGAGAGGCGCGCGCCCGCGGCCCGGGGAGGAGCGCCUGUGGCUGGACUGCCUGUGGAUCGUGCUGGCGAUGCUGGUCUUCUUCGGCGACGUGGGCACGGACGUGUGGCUGGCCGUCGACUACUACACGCGGAGGGACUACCUGUGGUGCGGGCUCACGCUCUUCUUCGUGCUCGUGCCCUCCGUGCUCGUGCAGAUCCUCAGCUUCAGGUGGUUCGUGCAGGACUACACGGGCGGCGGGCUCGGGGCAGUGGAGGGGCUCAGUCGGAGAGCGGGGGUGAACGGCCGGGACCGCUGUUGCCACAUCGCCGUGUGGGUCUGGCACGCAGCCGUGCAUGUUCUUCAGCUGGGGCAAGUGUGGAGGUACAUCCGCACUAUGUACCUGGGCAUUCAAAGCCGUCGUCGGAGAGAACACAGACGGCGUUUCUACUGGGCUAUGAUGUAUGAGUAUGCUGACGUCAACAUGCUUCGGCUGCUGGAGACCUUCUUGGAGAGUGCCCCCCAACUGGUGCUACAGCUCUGCAUUAUGAUCCAGAAGAACCGGGCUGAGACACUGCAGUGUGUCUCCUUAUUAUCAUCGCUGCUGUCCUUGUCCUGGGUGUUAGCCUCCUAUCAUAAGCUCCUGAGGGACUCCAGAGAUGACAAGAAGAGCAUGAGCUAUCGAGGUGCACUGAUUCACAUCUUCUGGAGGCUCUUCACUAUUUCUUCACGGGUGCUCUCCUUUGCUCUCUUUGCUUCCAUCUUCCACAUCUACUUUGGCAUUUUCGUGGUGGUGCACUGGUGUGCCAUGGCCUUCUGGAUUGUACAUGGAGGCACAGAUUUCUGCAUGUCCAAAUGGGAAGAGGUGCUGUUCAACAUGGUGGUGGGCAUUGUCUACAUCUUCUGCUGGUUUAAUGUAAAGGAAGGCAGGACCCGGUACCGCAUGAUGAUCUAUUACUUUGUGGUGCUGGCUGAGAAUACGGUGCUCACCUGCCUGUGGUAUGCAUACAGAGACCCGGUCACUACAGACUCAUAUGCGGUACCAGUGCUUUGUGGAGUCUACUUAAGUUUUGCCUCAGGGGUGGUGUUCAUGGGUAUCUAUUAUGGCGUCCUUCACCCCAUGGGUCCCAGGUUGAGAGUACUGGCCAGCUCCUGCUGUGCCGAGCUCCUCUGGGGCCUUCCCUUACCCCCAGAAGCUGAGCCCAUGGCCCCUACCCCUGGUCCUCGAGCAUCACAGCAAACCCCUACCCGGGUCUUCACAGGGGGUUAUGACCAACAAGAUGACUCUACAGCAGACACCUGCCUGCCGGUGUUUCAGGUGCGCUCCCCUGAGCCCACCACAUCGUUGGGCCGCUACCAGACAGAAGGGCCUCUCAUCAAGAUCGACAUGCCCCGCAAACGGUACCCAGCCUGGGAUGCCCACUUUGUGGACAGGCGCCUAAGAAGGACUAUAAACAUCCUACAGUUUAUCACCCCCACAGCUGUAGGGAUCAGGUACAGGGAUGGACCACUGCUCUACGAGCUCCUGCAGUACGAGUCCUCCCUGUGACAACGUGCUCUCUCUUCCACCCAUUUUAUUUGUCUCUGUCACUCCCUUUUAUCACAACGUCCAUCUCUCUCUUUUUUUUCUCU